AUGGCCAAAACUAAGAGUGAAAUUAGAUUUAUUUUCUAUGCUGUUUCAAUAUUCAUUUGCUAUUUUAUAUUUGGAAUGUUGCAAGAAAAAAUAAAUAGAGGAAAAUAUGGGAACGAAAGAUUUACCUGUACCCUAUCACUUGUUUUGAUAACUUGUUUGGUGAAUUAUAUAUUUGCUAAGAUAUUAAUGUUAUCUUGGAAGCAUGAAAAAGACACAACAAGAACAGCAUAUUACUUCUCAUCAGCAUUGACAUAUUUGCUGGGAAUGGUUACAUCAAACAUGGCGUUGCAAUGGGUAAAUUACCCUACACAGGUAGUUGGCAAAGCUGCAAAGCCUAUCCCUGUUAUGAUACUGGGAGUCUUGAUUGGUAGAAAGGUGUAUCCGUUAAAAAAGUACUUCUUCGUUUUUCUAAUAGUUUCUGGAGUCGUCCUGUUUAUGUUUAAAGAUCAGGCCAAAAAUGCAACUGACUACCAGCAGUUUGGAAUUGGUGAAAUAUUGAUUCUUUUAUCACUGACAAUGGAUGGAUUGACUGGUGCUGUGCAGGAGAGAAUCAAGAGUGAAUCUUCACCCACAGCAUAUGCUAUGAUGUUGAACACAAAUUGGUGGUCAACCAUAAUAGUUUCGCUCGGUGUUGUUUUAAGUGGAGAGAUAUUCAAAUUUAUAUCAUUUGUUACUAUACACCCUGAAAUUAUAAUAUAUUUGACUGGAUUCGCUUUCACGGGUGCUUUGGGGCAACUGUUUAUUUUUUAUAUGGUGUCUGAAUUUGGCCCGUUGCCAUGCUCUGUCGUUACCACAACAAGGAAGUUCUUCACAGUUCUGGCAUCCGUUAUUAUAUUUGGAAAUGUACUCUACCCUAGACAAUGGUUUGGAGCUAUCCUAGUAUUUUCUGGAUUAUUCUUGGACAUAUUUUACAGCAAGGGAAAAAGUCAGCCGACUAAGAGGGAACUGAAUAAAUGA